GAGCUGAGUGAGCGGAAGCAGAGUCUCAGUCAGUCUGCUGGCACACAGAGAGGCUGCAGCGGCUUCUUUAUUCUUCACAGGUAUUUCACUCCCUUUCUCGCCAGAACAAGUCACCUGGAUUUAAACAAACAAAAAACAAAAACAAAAGAAAAGAAAAGAAAAAACGUGCACUCCACUCGAUGUGAAAAAGACACGAGAGCAGAUCAAAGAGAAGAGAAAUGGGAGCGUUCAGAGUGCUGCUGGGGAGUUUACAUUACAUGGGACUCUACAUGCAACUUAGUGUCUCCACAAGGCAAGCUGGACACGGCGAGGUGGAAAACCACAUCUCUGGGAACGCCAUGUUCACAGACGUGCCUCAUGAUAUGACUGCUCAGAGCGGUCAGGACGUGGAGAUGGCCUGCUCCUUCAGAGGGGCGGGGACGCCCUCGUAUUCACUGGAGAUCCAGUGGUGGUACAUCAGGAACCAUCCUGAGUGGACGGACAGACAGCCCUGGACAACCAAUGAAGUGGCUCCUGAGGAGGAGAUGCCAAAGGAUGCUACAAAGAUAAGUGUUGUGAAGGUCGUUGGAAGCAACAUCUCCCAUAAACUCCGUCUCUCCCGGGUCAAGCCGUCGGACGAGGGCACCUACGAGUGCCGCGUCAUAGACUUCAGCGACGACGUGGGCUCCCGCCACCACCGCGUCAGAGCCUACCUGCAGGUGGUGCAAGAGAGCGACAUCAUCAACGGUAAGCACAACGACAACUUCGAGGCCCUGGACGAUACCAAGGGAGGGGAGGCAUUCGUCAACGGGGACGAGCACCACGGUGGCGCCAAAGAACACGGCCAUCACCAGAAUCACGGGCACCACCAGGAGCACGGCAAGCGGCCUUCACCGCCAGACCACCACGGCCACAGCCACAGUGGCAGCGGUCAGCAGCACAAGGCGGGCAGAGAGCUGAGGAAGAGGGACGUGGACAGUAACCACAGCCACAAUGACUGCACCAACGAGCCAAGCUGCACGCUGUAGAUGUCGGCUCUUCACACCCGAGUAAUAGAUUACACAAGGAUUGCAUAACAUGAUGUGUGUCACUGCAUAAAAAGCUAUUCUUCCUACACAGUGCAAGCGUGUGCACAAAUCCAGAAUCCUUAGAGAUGUACAGUAUGGCUUGUUCAGAGCAGUGCUGUAAACUGUGCUGGGGAGUGUAGCUUUUUCUUGCUGUGCAUGGGUCUGGGUUGGACUGCUUCACUGUCUGUAGAGCCUGGCUUCAUGAUGUGUAGAUCUAAACAGCUCAUCUGUUUCUGGCCUCAAAAAAAAAAGACUUACUAUUAAUCCAUGCUCUGUUCCACUCUUGUACUUUCAAUACUGUAAAUGACACAACCCUGCUUUCAGGCUCAUACUUAUUCCACUGCCUUACUCUCUCAUUUGGUGCACCCUCAGAACUAAGUUGUAACUUUUGUAACUGGGUCUCUGCCCAGUAAAAGAAAAAUGUUGCUUUUAUUCUGAGGGUGCACUGAAUUAAACUAACUAGCCAGUAAUUGUUCCCUGGAAAUCUUGUCGAGUCUGAUUUCUUCGCUUUUUACGUAGAGCUCUUGCUUCAGCUGCAUCUUUAUGUGUGGUAAAUAAUGGACAUGAAUAUGGUGCCAAAUCUGUAUGCACCUGAUUUCUUAAGCUAUUUAUUCUGUGUUUACUCGCAGGGGGAAAGAAACAUGCUUUCUUCAGCAGAAACUCAUCAAGGUCCCACAGCAGCAGUGCUCAUCAAGGACAGAUACCGCCUCAAUUCAUUUUCGUUGGAGUAAAUACAGUGGCAGUGUGGGAUUUUUUAAUAUAUUUGUGCACAGUUCAAACAAAGCACAUCACAGGCUGUAUUUCCCCCACAGCAAUGUUGAGUUUAUGAAUUUGCAGCCCAACAGAAACAAGUGAUUUUUGUUCACCACUUGUGAAGGUUCAGUCCAUUCAUGGCUGUUGAGACUGAGAGAAAUCAAUUGUGUUGUUCCACAUGGAGCGCAUCUGUUUGUAAAGCCAUGAAAAGAUCAAAAUCUGUGCCACUAAAUUUAAAAAUCUGACAUGUUGUGCCUCUGAAUCCACUUUGUGACAAAAAAUCAAUAGAAGAAAUGUGAUGUUUUGGGGAAGAGCAGUGCUGUAUUCCUAUCCCAGCUUAUUCCCCUUAUUCCUCCGAUGCUCUGGUCUAAUGUUUAUCAAUCAUUUAAAAAGCCUCAAUCCUCUCCACUACAAGCCUCUAAUCCACUCUGUAUAUAUGACUGUAUAAUAUGAAGUGAGUGCAUGUUCAGUCAUUUUCUUAAAAAACUUUUUCAACCAACCAUACACAAAGACAGUGAUACUUAAGGAUUUUUCUUUUAAACUCAUUUAUGUAUUUGGUUAAUUUAAAAACACUUUGAAAAGUUUACUUUAAAAGUCCCAUUAAAUAUUUCGUCUUUCAAAGCAGUUUUCAGUUGCUUUACUGCUCUCCAGAAGUGCUGUACAGACAGAUGAAUGACAUAUUCUCUUCAUAGCUGCUCAGAAAGGGGUUCCCCUUAUGUAUCUUAGUACUUAAGCGGUGUUUCUUAAACUACUGUACUGUAUGUGCAGGGCCGCAAACAUGAGUGUUUACUGUGUUUUAAAUGAGCUUGAAUGUGUGAUUCAUUUCGUGCAGUUUGGGACUCGGGUCUGAAAAGAUUUGAGAGGUCGUUUUACUUCUGCCAAUUUUGUAACUCGAUGAUAAUCUCUUUGCUUAGACGCUUGUGAAAAGCACUCUGAAGGGAUGAAAUGGGACAAAGUGCAUGUGGAUAACAUACUGGAUACAGCCUUGAGCAGUGACGGCGAGAAGAGGAAAAUGUUGUUUGUGAAACACUGAAAUUGGCUGUCCAUACUGCCUCAAAAAUAUAGUGUGUCUCAAGGCCAUGCAGGGCUUUACUUCUCUGCUCCAUCACAGGAACUACAGCACUCCUGUUAUUGAUGGCAGUCCCUGUGACGGGGAGGGGGCAGUAGUGACCAGUGGGAUUGUUUUUUUUUUUUUCAACGAUGAUUUGAUGUUUUGUAAAGAAGAGAUCAGUUAGAAAAAAAGAAAAGAGGGAAAAUGUAAAUUUCUUCUAGAAUGUUUGGUCUCACACUUAAGUGUAUGGCUUUAUCAAAUGAAAUAAAUUGUAUAUGAAACA